CUUGUUUGUUUACCCUUCAAGCCGUGCGGCCUUAGUUGCUAUUCCGACCCUUUGUUGCAACUAAGUAAGCCUUUUGCCCACUAAAAGAGAAAGCUAAGCAAAGAAAGCUAGAGCACAAAGAGAGAUUGGGAGAAUGAAAGUAUAUUACUUGAAAGAGAGCUUUACAAGUAUAGAUGAGAUUUCUUGGAUGGUUUGGCCAAAUGAGGCCUCCACCUAUUUAUAGGCAUACAAAGCUUAAUCCUACGGCUAUAAUUGCUUUAAUCCUACGGUGGAGAAUGGUUCCCACCUACUCCCACCUACUUUACAUAAAAUAUCUAAAGAAACAUCUAGAAUGGAUAUGUACAUGGCUUGGCCCAUUGUAAGGCCCAAAAUAGGCCCAAAGUGGAUUAUAAGGCCCAUAAUGGAUUGGAAGGCCCAAAAUGGAGAGAAUGCUCACCAAGUGUUUGAUGAAAUGCUUCAACCGUGACAUUCUCCCCCACCUAUGCCGUCGACGUCCUCGUCGAGCUUGCUUCAUGGAACCUCUUGAUAGCAGGUUCCCAACUUGCUUCGCUAGCGGGAAGUCCUUUUUCACGGGACGUGACACUAGGCACCGUAGCAUACCCCCGCACAAACACCCACCCGGAUCCCGCCGAGAUUGCCCCCCAAGCAAGGUUCGGAAAGACUCCCACACGAGUGCAGGUGUCCUUCGUCCCCCAUUUCGGGCAGCGCCCCCAGCAAUCACCAAACAAGCAUCCAUGAAGAAGCAUACCCCGCACAAACACCCACCCGGAUCCCACCGAGAUUGCCCCCCAAGCAAGGUUCGGAGAGACUCCCGCACGAGUGCAGGUGUCCUUCUUCCCCCAUUUCGGGCAGCGCCCCCAGCAGUCACCAAACAAGCAUCCAUGAAGAAGCAAACCCCGCACAAACACCCACCCGGAUCCCACCGAGAUUGCCCCCCAAUCAAGGUUCGGAGAGACUCCCACACGAGUGCAGGUGUCCUUCGUCCCCCAUUUCGGGCAGCGCCCCCAGCAAUCACCAAACAAGCAUCCAUGAAGAAGCAUACCCCGCACAAACACCCACCCGGAUCCCACCGAGAUUGCCCCCCAAGCAAGGUUCGGAGAGACUCCCGCACGAGUGCAGGUGUCCUUCGUCCCCCAUUUCGGGCAGCGCCCCCAGCAAUCACCAAACAAGCAUCCAUGAAGAAGCAUACCCCGCACAAACACCCACCCGGAUCCCACCGAGAUUGCCCCCCAAGCAAGGUUCGGAGAGACUCCCGCACGAGUGCAGGUGUCCUUCUUCCCCCAUUUCGGGCAGCGCCCCCAGCAGUCACCAAACAAGCAUCCAUGAAGAAGCAAACCCCGCACAAACACCCACCCGGAUCCCACCGAGAUUGCCCCCCAAUCAAGGUUCGGAGAGACUCCCACACGAGUGCAGGUGUCCUUCGUCCCCCAUUUCAGGCAGCGCCCCCAACAGUCACCGGACAAGCAUCCAUGAAGAAGCAUCGCCCACAAAUGCCGCAGCAUGCAAAACCAUGGCAAUAGCCAUAUGAAGCAAUGGAUCGCACCGCAUAAGCCCACACAUUCCGAGUUUCCGACAUGGUGCUGCAUGCCUAGGCACCGUAGCAUACCCCCGCACAAACACCCCCCUGGAUCCCGCCGAGAUUGCCCCCCAAGCAAGGUUCGAAAAGACUCCCGCACGAGUGCAGGUGUCCUUCGUCCCCCAUUUCGGGCAGCGCCCCCAGCAAUCACCAAACAAGCAUCCAUGAAGAAGCAUACCCCGCACAAACACCCACCCGGAUCCCACCGAGAUUGCCCCCCAAGCAAGGUUCGGAGAGACUCCCGCACGAGUGCAGGUGUCCUUCGUCCCCCAUUUCAGGCAGCGCCCCCAACAGUCACCGAACAAGCAUCCAUGAAGAAGCAUAUACCCCGCACAAACACCCACCCGGAUCCCACCGAGAUUGCCCCCCAAGCAAGGUUCAGAGAGACUCCCGCACGAGUGCAGGUGUCCUUCGUCCCCCGUUUCAGGCAGCGCCCCCAACAGUCACCGAAUAAGCAUCCAUGAAGAAGCAUCGCCCACAAAUGCCGCAGCAUGCAGAACCAUAGCAAUAGCCACACGAAGCAAUCGAUCGAACCGGACAAGCCCACACAUUCCGCUUUUUUUCCCGCACCGCACCGCACCGCCCAAGCCCCGCCCCCCCGGGCCCACCUGCUGGUCGCCGACGGUGGGGCCCACCCGGCACCGUUACCGGUGCAUGGUGGCCCCCACCUGCCGACGAGACCUGCCAUUGUGCCCACACCCCCACUGGGGGGUGUGGGCAGCGCUGGCAGGCCGGGGGGGGGGGCUCGCUGUUGAAGCAGGCAGGUACCACC